UGAACACAGCACGUCACAUUUCCGGGGCCAUUUACGGGAAGCACCUGAACGCAGCACCACAUUAGCAGCACUCCGGCGGCGGUGAAAAGAUGCAGACUAUAAAGUGUGUGGUGGUCGGCGAUGGUGCAGUGGGAAAGACCUGCCUGCUUAUCUCUUAUACCACCAACAAGUUUCCCUCUGAAUACGUCCCCACGGUGUUUGAUAACUAUGCCGUGACAGUGAUGAUUGGCGGGGAGCCGUACACUCUGGGACUGUUUGACACUGCAGGACAGGAGGAUUAUGACAGACUGCGACCCCUCAGCUAUCCUCAGACUGACGUCUUCCUCGUCUGUUUCUCCGUCGUGUCGCCUUCCUCCUUUGAGAACGUCAGAGAGAAGUGGGUGCCGGAAAUUUCACACCACUGCCCACGGACGCCCUUCCUGCUGGUCGGGACUCAGGUGGAUCUGAGAGACGACAGCAACACUCUGGAGAAACUGGCCAAGAACAAACAGCGAGCCCUGACCUGUGAGAGCGGAGAGAAGCUGGGCCGCGAGCUGAAGGCCGUCAAAUACGUGGAGUGCUCGGCUCUUACGCAGAGAGGACUGAAGAACGUGUUUGAUGAGGCCAUCCUGGCAGCUCUGGAGCCUCCAGACAACAAACCCAAGAAGCGCUGCGUCCUGUUAUAGACGCCACCAGAAGAAGAAAAGGAGGAGGAGGAGGAGGAGGAGGACAGGGAGGUGAUGAUGAACCCAGAUGGGAACCGAGGGAGGGAGAACCGAGGGAGGGGUGGGAGGGUAUGGAGGUGGACAUGUUUAAACGGUGCCUUCAGUCGUAGUGACUUAACUUGGGUGUGGUUUUGGAACGGACGGGUGCUUCAUGUCAGCCUAACAUGACUAACACAUUUGAACAACACUCCUCACUAACCAGGAAACGGGGUUUUAAUAAUGGGAGGAAGCAGCACGGAGGUUUGAACCUCAGACGCCUUGAAGAUGCAAACAAUGGAUGGAGUCACGUUUACAGCAGAAACCGGCGACCGCCUUCAUUAGAAAUUCACGAAAAUCUCUCUGCACAAAUCAUUAGUCUUAAAGAAUGGUGUAAAAUGACUGAACCUGGUAAACUGCUGGUUUUAGUUUUAAUGAUCUGCUGAUGUUUGGGUUCCUGCACCGCGCUACGUGGAGAAAUAAAAAGUUUUGAAGUGGAAAGAAAUAUGUCUUUGGUCUGCAGUAGAGAAGGUGGCACCACAUCGUCAGCUUUUAACGCCGCUUCCAGGCAGCUUUUCAACCUAAAAAAUAAAACAACCUUGCAGCUUUUUGCCUUUUUGUGGCAUUUCAAGCGUAAAUGUUCUCACUUAGAUGUUAAAAAAUAGGCCAGGAAUAAAAAAUAAGCUCUCUAUUUCCAGUUUAUUACCGUUUCUAUGCAGGUGUACAUCCUGGGUAAUUACAUGGGGCCAGUGUAGCUGCUUUCAUCACUUCGCAAUUAAACUCAAGCUAAUUCUUGAAUUUCUUCUUCAGCUGUCGUCAUCACAUUUACUACUAACUGACUAAAAUGAAUCUCGGUGAGAUUAGAAGAAAUGCAAAUAAAACCUCCACAUCUUACAUUUGACCUCGGUAUGAUCAGAAGUUGGAUGUUUUUUCCUGAAACGGUCAGAUGUGGAGCUUCAGCGGUCAGUGGCGUCUGGAACAUGACUUCAUCCAUGUGAAAGGAAACGAAGACUGUGGCUGCUCUGAACGAAAGCAGACUGUAAUCACUGUACACAUACGGUAAUAAGAGAGCAAUCCUUUCUUUAUAGUUUUAGUGCACAGAAAUUGAUCAUAGAACGUCAAUAUUGUGUCAGAUUAAGCUACAGGUAUAGAGGAACUGAACACCCUGCAGCGUUUAUUUGUCACUUCUGGCUAACUUUAACCUGUAGACGUUAACUCGCACACAAACUUAGAUCCAAAAACUGAAGACUGGACAAUCCAAAAAUGAAAGCUCACCAUCACCCUAUGAUGUACGAUGCAUUCCAUGACACGUCCGCCUGACAACAGGUUCAGUGCAGCCACAGGAUCAGAUCUUCAGUGACGGACAGAACACACACGCGUCCAUGCAGUAGAUAAACGGUGCCGUCAUGCAUAGCAAAGCUGUAAACUUUCUCGGUGAAAACGCCGCUUUCCAAACUAUUUUCUCUCCUAAAUUCUUUGUCCAUCUGGCUACAAAUGUAGAACAAUCGCCAAAUUCAGUCAGCGUCACGGGGUUUCCACCUGACGACGCGUGAAUGUUUGGCCAACAGAGGCCUUUUCUCUGCUGAAGCAAACGCAGAAUCUCUACUGAUCAGUGGAUGUUCACUCAUGUUGACUAAAAACUCCAAACUGCACACAGAUCUGGACAUGUUUCAUGAAAGGUGUUCAGAAUCGGCAGCACCGAGAUGAUCAGAACGGAGAAUAAAUGGAGCAGUUCAAUGAUUUAACCACUUUUAUCGAUCGGGGUUUCAUUCAGGUAGCACUUUUGUUCAUGAAAUAGUCAGAAAUAACAAGAAAAUGGAGAGAUUUCUGUCAGACUUAUCGUUGUGCAGAGUCACCAAACACAGAUAACUUGAAUCUUAAGCCUUAAUUUCACUCUGAUUGUUCCAAAUGAGCGUCAAACUUCAGAAAAUGAAUCUUCCAGCUCUGGAAACGCCUUAAGAAACAUUAUUUCCUUUUCCGACUUUCCUACUGGAGAUAAUCGCUGCCUUAUUGCUUAAAACCAGUCGACACGGUGGAAACGUUCCCUCUUUUUGUCUUAAAAUCAAACUUAGCACUGUUAAAGCAGACGUGGCCAAAGAGCAAACAGCUGCUUCAUGACCUCCUCACAGAUCUCCUGCUUCUCUCCUCCUGACUGGAAAACCUCAAGGUGUGUUAGCACCUCCUGGAGGCCUUAAAGGGGAACACCGCUCAGUUUAAAGGUUCAUUCGAGUCGUUUCUUUUGGCCAAAUUAGCACAUGAGGACAUAAAGAAACGUCACAGUUUAGACUUGAAUCCGUAGCGUCACCGGUCACACCUUCAGUUAUCUAGAAGCAGCUUCACGGGGUUCAGGAGGUUCUCAGAUUCUAGACGCGUUUUUAAUGAGAAUGCUGCCGAUUCCAGUCACCAGAAUGAAGAGAAAUAAAAAGACUUUUAACUCGUCAUUCUCAAACUGAGCAACAGAAGGUGGGUUAACUGGUGAUUCAUUCUAAAGUUCUCUAGGAAAAUGUUCAACCCUUAAACUGAACGUAUUUCCCGUCAAAACAAACUGAAAUUCCACUUUUCUUCUAAUUUCUCUCUCUAUAUAGUUUUGAGAUGACGGUUUAUUCCGAUAAUGUAUGGAUGAUUACAAGUAUUAUAGAUAUUUUUCUUUUGCUCCUUUAUUGUUUCGUAGGGGAACAUUAUCGUAGCACGUGUUAUGGAGUUUUUAUUUCCUUUUUAGGUAUUUUUACUUCUUACUUGACAGUUGAGUGCCAACAGUUGGAUUGAGUAUCGCCGGCCUGGUUUGACAAACUAAACGAUUAUAAGCUUCUGAUGGCAGAAAAAAAACAACAGAACAGCUGAAGCAAUAAUUCCAGAUGUGGGAAACUCUGUACUGAAAGAUGAAUGUUGGAAGUUGUGGGUGUUCGGAAAUAAUAAAAACAAUACUUGAAUGUUGUUUCACCUCGA